CGGGCGCGCAACUUCGCAGAACCUCACUGCCCGUCCCUCCUCGCCUCAGUCUCCUCUGUCCUCUCCCAGGCAAGAGGACCGGCGGAAGCACCUCUCUCGAGUCUUAGGCUGCGGAAUCUAAGACUCAGCGAGAGGAGCCCAGGAGGAGACAGACCUUUCCCCUCUUUUCCCAUCCCUUCUUCUUGCUCAGAGAGGCAAGCAAGGCGCAGAGCUGUAGAAAGUUCUGAAGUGGUCAGGAAGCAGCCAAUGCGCUUUGGAGCCGCUCUCUGCAGAGCCAGAGGGCAGGUCGGCUUCUUGGUGUGCGCCUAAGAGGAUGGAUCGGAGGUCCCGGGCUCAGCAGUGGCGCCGAGCUCGCCAUAAUUACAACGACCUGUGCCCGCCCAUAGGCCGCCGCGCAGCCACCGCGCUCCUCUGGCUCUCCUGCUCCAUCGCGCUCCUCCGCGCCCUUGCCACCUCCAACGCCCGUGCCACCUCCAACGCCCGUGCCCAGCAGCGCCGGAGCUUCCUGAACGCCCACCACCGCUCCAGCGCUCAGGUAUUCCCUGAGCCCCCCGAAUCGGAAUCUGACCACGAGCACGAGGAGGCAGACCUUGAGCUGUCCCUUCCCGAGUGCCUAGAGUACGAGGAAGAGUUCGACUACGAGACCGAGAGCGAGACCGAGUCCGAAAUCGAGUCCGAGACCGACUUCGAGACCGAGCCUGAGACCGCCCCCACCACUGAGCCCGAGACCGAGCCAGAAGACGAGCGCGGCCCUGUGGUGCCCAAGCACUCCACCUUCGGCCAGUCCCUCACCGACAGCCAGUCUCUCACCCAGCGUCUGCACGCUCUCAAGUUGCGAAGCCCCGACGCCUCCCCAAGUCGCGCGCCACCCAGCACUCAGGAGCCCCAGAGCCCCAGGGAGGGGGAGGAGCUCAAGCCCGAAGACAAAGAUCCAAGGGACCCCGAAGAGUCUGAGGAGCCCAAGGAGAAGAAGCAGCGGCGUCGCUGCAAGCCUAAGAAGCCCACCCGCCGUGACGCGUCCCCGGAGUCCCCUUCCAAAAAGGGACCCAUCCCCAUCCGGCGUCACUAAUGGAGGACGCCGUCCAGAUUCUCCUCGUUUUCAUGGAU